AUAUAUAUAUAAUAAAUUAUAAAAAACAAGCAAAGGAGCAGGCAAAAGGCUGGGAUAUGGUGGGGAUUGGUCACGUUGACGGGAAUGUUUAGUGACAUGUGGGAGGGUGGAGGGGGUUAAAAAAAAGUCUCAAACACUCUUCGACGCGCAUGAAAACCAGCCGCGUAGUUAUGAGGGAGGCCGUCCUCACACCGAUCUUCCUCGUCGUCAUCGUCCUCAGCGUCCUCCGGUUCAAGCAAUGCCACCCCAGCCUUAGCUGCAAUGUUGUGCAACAUAGCCGUCACACAUAUCACGGCGCAUGACUUGGCCGGCGAAAACUGGAGCCCUCCGCCUGACUUGUGAAGGCAUCUAAAGCGCAACUUCCACCUCCCGAUCGUGCGCUCAACGAUGCACCGGGCCAGACGGUGGGCUUCGUUGUAUUCCUCAUCAUGGACGUCUCCCGGGUUAUUCACAGGUGUGAAGAGGAAUUAUUUCAGGGGGGAAAAUGCCGUGAAACGCACAGUGCAUUCAGGAUUAGGACUGAUAUAUGUCGGUUUAAGCCUAAUCAAUUGUGUUUUAAUGUCUUUAGCAUUCAUAUAAUUGCAGUCUAUUUUUUUCGUAGGCUACUCUGCUGUUGUCCUUGAUGGGGAUAUAUUUUAACCCUUUUUAACACAAUUUUCCUGCGAGAUUCCUGCGUCUCCCCCUCCUACGGAGCCCAUUUCAGCACCGUGUCAGUAGACAGUUACAAUCCUACGACGUCGUGAGUGCAGCGAAUGCGCGUUCACGUUAAGAGGAGUUUCGGGAAACGCGACAAAGAAAUUAUCGAUGGAUCGCAAGAUCCAUCGGGAGAAUGAUCGUACGAGCGAAGAUCCAUCGUUAUCGGGAAACGGGGCCCUGUACAGUUCAUGCAGUGUCGAAAGGGGGCGGGGUCCGGACUGAGCCGUGAUCAGCCAUACUCAUCUUGCAGUACUCCUCCGUUGGGGUACUGAGACGUCUAAAAGGGUGCCAACAAGUUUGAGCUACACACGCCGUCCGUUGAUUGGUAGACAGAAUCAUCACUUCCGUGCGGGAGGAGGAUAACGGCGAAAGCUCAGUUUAUUGAAGAAAAUGUUGCGCAAAUUUUGACGUCCUUCUUGGACGUCCUACAUUGUUGCUCUUUGUUGUGUGACAACAAGAAAAAGUGUGAGGUUAGUUACUGCAGGCUGGGAACGAUGUGUGUGGGUUUGCAAUGUUGACACUAGACUGGUAGAUCUCGGGAGGUUGGCUACUUGAAAAGUAGAUCUUGGGUCCAAAAUGGUUGGGCACCCCUGUAGAGGUACAUAGAGGGUUGCAGUAGUAGUUUGAAUAAUGAAAGUAUCGGUAUUGGUAUCAAUAUCGGCGAUUCUGAUCCGGUAUUACUUGGUAUUGGAUCAAAUCGGCCACCGCUAAACAAAUCUACGAGUACAAACCAAACCUACGAGAUGAAAAUAUGUACCCAUUGUUGAAGGGAUGAGUUGGAUGGGAUCUGAACUCAUCACCUUCAGUGAUCUGAAGGUGUCGUUGUGCCGCAGGAUCUCUCACGACCUGAACCUGCUCCCAGUGUCUCCAGCCACAUCUCCAGACACCAGGACCUUAAGAUGGCCUCCAAAUCUCCUUCAGCUUCAACCAAACAAGACAUCUCAUUUAAUUUGGUUAUGCUAUGCAUUCUACCUGGGGGAAGGACACCAUUGUACAUGUGGAACUCAAGGUAUUGAAUGUACAUGUCAACAGCUUCACCUAGAAUAAACAAAAUAUGGACAGUACCCAGAAGGGGAAAUUGUUAUAUUAAACCAGCACAUGUGUGAUCUGCUGUUCUUCCUCUGCAGUACGUACUCUACCAGCCUUAGACCUGGUCGAUCUAAGGCUGAUGAGGGGUGGAAUGGGGGACAAAUGUUUUGUGCUGCUGGUGAGCAGCAGUCGGCACCCAGACCAAUGGAUCGUUCCAGGGGGGGGCAUGGAGCCGGAGGAGGAGCCUGGCGGAGCCGCCGUCAGGGAGGUGUAUGAGGAGGCUGGGGUAAAGGGGAAGCUUGGAAGACUGAUGGGAGUUUUUGAGCACAACCAGGACCGGAAGCACAGGACCUUCGUCUAUGUUCUCACCGUAACGGAGACGCUGGACGACUGGGAGGACUCCGUCACCAUCGGAAGGAAGCGGAAGUGGUUCAAGAUCGAUGAUGCCCUCCAAGUGCUGCAGAAUCACAAACCUGUCCACGCAGAGUAUCUGAUCAGACUCACCACUGCGGCCUGUGGUGCCCCCUGCAGUCCGAGCUGUGCCGACAGAAAUGGCAAUAGCCCUGUAUCCGCCCUGACCCACAACAGCAGCCCGCACCACGGCCUCUCCACGCAUGUAAUCGAUAACACAGAAAGCCACCAAGCAGGACUUAACUGGACAUAGCCUAUGUAGGUCUUCAAAUGCAAAUAUUGUCUCUUGAAAAUAUUUAUUUGCUAUUUUGACUUUGGUUCAGUUCAUCUAAAACCUUUCAAUGUUUAAUACAAACACACAUACUAUCACCUUUAUUAGCUAUUACAACACAUUCUUCCUGGAAAAAUCAAGUGUGUAUAAGAAAAUGUGAAACUCGAUAUUGUUUUGUAAAGGUCCUAUGUUUGAAGCGUAAUGCAAUAUCAUACAAAGCAUUCAAAUUCCUAUGCAGUCGCUCUUCUGAUAACUCACUGCCAAGUAGUGGCUACAAAGGGAUGCAUUGAUACAAUCAGAAAGGGUCUAUAUGAAUGAAUUUAGCAAUGUAGUAAGUAAUGUAGUAAGUG